CGUUCCUCCCGGCGUUUCCAACAAAAAAAAUCCUUCGACGUAGCCAAUCUGAGGUUGGAGAGAAAAAUUAGAGAAAAACUGUGGAUCAGUUUCGCUGUGGAUACAGAAAUAAUUAAGACACCUCUUUUCAUCAGAGAGAAGUUAUAUCGAUAGAUACAUUGAUUUGCCUUCGGAUUAUAUAUAGAACCCUGCUGAUACGAUGACACUCUGUUCAGUAAACACUGGUGACAGUAAUUUGGAUAAUAAAAUUACUGAAUGGCUACAAUGGAACAAGGAUCCAAAAGCAGAAGAUGAGAUAUUGGAAUACUUGGACAAAGGACAGAUUAAAGUAUUAUCAAAGUUGUUUCUUAAGAGACUCGAAUUUGGAACUGCAGGUCUUAGAGGUCGUAUGGGACCAGGUUACAACCAAAUGAAUGAUUUAGUUAUUGUGCAAACUAGUCAAGGAUUAUCAAAAUAUUUGAUGGAUACAAUAUUUGAUGUUACACAGAAAGGUGUAGUGAUAGGAUAUGAUGGUCGUUACAAUAGCAAAAGGUUUGCAGAAUUAACUUCAGCAAUUUUUAUAGCCAAUGGUAUUAAAAUUUAUUUAUUUUCCCAAGUCUGUCCCACACCAUUUAUUCCUUACACUAUUUUAAAAUAUAAGUGUGCAGCUGGAAUCAUGGUGACUGCCUCUCACAAUCCUAAGGACGACAAUGGAUACAAAGUUUACUGGGAAAAUGGAGCACAAAUUAUUUCACCACACGAUAAAAAGAUUCAAAGUUAUAUUCUUAAUAAUCUUAAACCACUUGAUUCCUCAUGGGAUGUAAGCCAAAUCUAUGAAAGCUCCUAUUACAAAGAUCCAAGAGACGAUAUUAUGCGAUAUUAUUAUCAAGACUUGAAGGAUAACGUUCUGUAUCCUGAAGUUAAUAAAAAUACUACAUUAAAAUUCACAUAUACUGCUAUGCAUGGCGUUGGGCAAGAAUAUAUGACUGCUGCGUUUGAGGCAGCAAACUUUAAGCCAUUUAUAACAGUGGAAGAACAAAAGUUACCAAAUCCAGAAUUUCCCACGGUGAAAUUUCCGAAUCCAGAAGAAGGAAAAAGCGCUCUUGAUCUCAGCAUAAAGACAGCAAAUAAAAACGAUUCGUCUAUAAUAAUCGCUAACGAUCCUGAUGCUGAUAGACUUGCAUGUGCAACGAAAACGGAGAACGGAGAAUGGCAUGUCUUCUCUGGAAAUGAACUUGGCGCCUUAUUGGGUUGGUGGAUGAUUCACACUUAUCAAGUGAUACAUCCUGAUAUCGAUCUGAGUAAGACAUAUAUGUUAGCAUCUACUGUUUCCAGUAAAAUUUUAGCUUCAAUGGGUAAAAAAGAAGGUUUCAAUUUCGAGGAAACUUUAACGGGUUUUAAGUGGAUGGGCAAUAAAGCUAUAGAAUUAAUGAAGGAUAAUAAGGACGUCUUGUUUGCAUAUGAAGAAGCUAUAGGUUUUAUGUGCGGCUCUAAGGUCCUGGAUAAGGAUGGUAUCAGUGCUGGCGUACGUGUAGCUGAAUUAGCCGCUUAUCUUGAAACGAUAGGAUUGACUUUAUCUGAUAAGUUGGAGGAGAUAUAUGAGGAAUAUGGUCAUCAUAUCAAUGAUAAUUCCUAUUGGAUAUGUCAUGAUCCGGAUACUAUCAAGACGAUAUUUGAACGACUAAGGAAUUAUUCGGGUAAAUCGGAUACAUACCCAACCGGAAUUCUUAAAGGAAAAUAUAUAAUAACUGGCAUUCGAGAUUUAACAACUGGGUAUGACAAUACAAAACCUGACAACAAAGCAGUUCUUCCUGUAUCAAAAUCUAGCCAAAUGAUUACAUUCACAUUCAAAAAUGGUUUAGUUACUACUUUAAGAACCAGUGGAACAGAACCUAAAAUAAAAUACUAUAAUGAAUUAUGUGGAUCGCCUGGAGAGGAUUUAAACAAAUUAAAAAGCAUUCUCAGCGAAAUGGUAUCGGCUAUUGUAGCAGAAUUCCUUCAACCAGCAAUUAAUGGACUUAUCGCUCGUGAGGAAUAA